AUGCGUCUCUUUCUGAUUUUCGUUAUACUAAAAUUUACGCAAGGAGAGAUUUUUAAACCGGCUUUAUCCGUUGAUCCAAUCAUCGAAGCUUUGGAAAAAUGGAAAAAUGCUGAAGAUGGGAUCGAGAGAAUGCAGCUCGUUGAAACAAUCGUGAAAACUUUCCGCAAAUGGUAUAAACCGUUUUUGUUGUUGGUCAAUGGAGAUAAAGAGAAGAAUUCAUUGGAAAAGAAAGCGUUCAAGAGAUUCAGCGGGGAAAACUAUAUCGCAAAAUCGGAAGAUUCAUUCAAAUAUGAGAAUAACACACAAUGGGUAAAUGAUGUACGAGAAUACGCUAAAACAAUUUACGAGAGAAUUGGUGAACUCAAAUUCAAUGGAACUUUUCAAAAGAAAACUCAUUUCUCAUGUGAACGAAUUUCUAAUUACGAUCAUGCAAUGAAAUUGCUUUUCAAUUGCAAACUGAAAAGCGAUGUUUUCGAGAAAUUUUGGACGGCCGUCAAUGAAUUUCAGAAAAGCGUUUAUGAGAAAUUUCCGACGCAGGACUCGAGAGAAACGGGAAACGGCAAAAAGUACAUGGAUAUCGUCUUGAAAGUGAAAAGACUGAGGGAAAACGAUGUGAAAGAGCUGAACAAAUUCGAUUUUGUCAAAGAGUACGUUCUUAACGAUAAAAAAUUGUCGAGUGAGGAGCGGAAGAAAAUUGCGGAGAACUUGGAGCAAGUGUUGGCUCGGCUGAAUGAUCUUUUGCAUAGUUGCUUUAUGGAGCGAGUGAUUUACGGGAAUUUCUUUCAUCGUCAAACCAUCGCUGCCUUUGUUGAUCAAAUGAUUGGUGCUUUGACGAAAUUUGCUCUCUCGGUCCCAGCGUGUCACUUCAGCGAAACUCACGCAGAUUAUCACACGGAGAGCAUCUUGAGUCGUUUUGAUGCCGCCAAAAAUAUCACUAUCUGGUUGUACAAUAAGCUGAGCAAUACCACCGCUGUAGAGGAGGAUUUGGGAUUCGAGGACGUCCGACGUCAAAUCCUCGUCCUUCCCACAAGUUCCAUUCACAUCUCUUCACAUUUCCUCUGUCCCCAAAAUUCUUGCAUUCUCAUCAAAAACGAACGCGGAGUGGAUGUAAUGAUCACUCAUUUUGACGAUCAACAACUCGAUCAUCUAAAAGAAUUCAGUCCAUUUGUGGAAAAUGAGAAAAAGAAGAUCCUUGAUGUUGUCAAGAAACAUUCUUGGGAAGAUUUCGGGAAAUUGAUGGAAUUGUUGGUGAGUGGCGGUGUUGCUUUCACAAAUGAAACGCUUUCUCGAAGUUUUGCGAUGGUUCGCCACAAGCUUUCGGCUUUCAAGGGUAUGUGCAAUGUGAGCGGUGAGACAGUCUCGUAUCGUUUGAAUCGAGUGCAAACUGAACACAUCUUCCACUACACAAAUGUGAAAGAUCGAGGCGUUUUCGAUGAUUACACUUGUUAUUCUUUUUAUUUCUUUGCA